AUGUACGCUACCAUUUCGCUUAUUUUAAAUGUGUUAAUAUUAACUUCGGCUUAUAAAAGUUAUGAAAACUAUAAGGUGUAUAAGGUAAUACCAGAAUCCGAUACGCAACUGCAAAUCUUAACUGAUUUGAAGAAAAGUGGAUUUGAUUUAUGGACCGAUGUACCGAUGAUUGAAAAGGAUGUAAGGAUUAUGGUGUCUCCAAGUCAAGAAAACGAUUUUGUUGACUAUAUGAAAAGCGUUGGACUCGACAUAGCGGUUGCUAUAACAAACGUGCAGUCCCUCAUAAACGACCAACUAAAACCAAGUACCACACAACGCAGUAGUCUGGGGUCCUUAACUUGGACGGAAUACCAUACACUAGACAAAAUUCAUGCAUGGCUUGACGAACUUGAGACAAUGUAUCCGAAUAUAGUGAGCACCGUUACUAUUGGAAAUGGAACGGAAGGUAGAGCAAUAAAAGGAGUCAUAAUAGAUUAUAAAUCUGGACAAAGAGAAAAUCCUCUCAUAGGAAUGAUUGAAGGCGGUAUCCACGCAAGAGAGUGGAUCUCACCAGCUACUGUAACGGGAAUUAUAAAGGAGUUUUUAACAAGUGACAACACUGAUGUAAGAUUCGUGGCUGAAACCUUCGUAUGGCAUAUUUUCCCUGUGGUCAACCCAGAUGGGUAUGCAUAUACAUUCACAAAUAAUCGCAUGUGGCGGAAAAAUAGAAAUACACUUUACUCCACCACCUGUGGAACCGAUGAUGAUUUGAGUAACGGCAUUGAUCUGAAUAGGAACUUUGAUUAUGUUUGGAACACCGUGGGUGCAUCUUCGAAUCCUUGUGACCAGACAUUCGCUGGUCCUUCGGCUGGAUCAGAACCAGAAACACAAGCAAUUAUGAAUUAUGUGCAAAAGAUUAAGGGAACUGGGAAUAUGAUUUAUUAUAUUGCGUUUCACUCUUAUUCUCAAAUGGUCUUGAUUCCAUACAGCCAUGUAGGUGGAGCUGAUGUUUUGCAAGUGGAGAAUUAUGGUGAUUUAUAUGAAAUAGCGCAACGUGGUCUCGACAAAUUAACGGAAAAAUAUGGCACUCAGUACGUAGCGGGAACUUCCCUAGAUAUUCUUUAUGCAGUAACCGGUUCAAGCUUCGACUGGGCAAAAGGAGUUGCGAAAAUACCUAUAGUGUACCUUUUCGAACUUCGGGACGUUGGCGACUAUGGCUUUCUUCUCCCCCCCGAAUCAAAUUAUUCCCAACAAUGA